ACAAGCAAAUUUUCUCUUUAUAAGAAAAUAAUUGAUCACUAAGAUAAAAAUCCAUUUCCGGAUAUUCUUCGGAAAAGAGAUCGAUCAAGUUUUCGACGAUAAACAAUGCUGAAAUUGACAUGGACAGUUCCUUGCAGCUCGUUUAGCAACCAAGGAAUUUCUGGAAAGCGUAGAGGAGUUCCAGCUUCUCAUGUAGCAACAAAAUCCCACAAAGGUUUAAGCACUGCAAACCAGCUGGGGUUUUUGUUGUCUCUACGGAAUAGAAGCAACUCAAAGAUAUGCAGGGAUAAGUUUGUCUGCAACUGUGUUGAACCAGGCGCUUCAGGUGGAGGUCCUUGGAAUUCUUGGCAAGGUUGGAUUUUGGGAGUGGUGGUAACUCUGAUUCUCCCUCUCUGCAGCGGUAAAUGGGGGAACUUUUUAACAAUUAAAAAUAAGAUAGACAGGGUUGUAGAGACAGCUGAAGCUGUGGCUGAGGCUGUAGAACAUGUGGCCGAGAAAGUGGAGGAGAUCGCCGACGAUAUCGGAAAUAAACUUCCGAAUGGAAAGCUUAAGGAUGCAUUGGAUGUUAUUGAAACGAUAGCCAAAGAAACAGCCAAGGACGCUCACAAUGUAGACGAGUUCAUUGAAAAGGUGGAAGAAGCGGAAGACAAGAUGGAAUCUCUUCUUGAACCAGUGUUGGAGCAUCAAGCCGAGAUAAAAGAGACAAAAAGUUUAGAUCAACCAAAUGAUACGACAACAACGUAAACAAUAAAAUUUCCACCCUCGAAAAAGCAUGUUUCAUGAGGACAAAGUACUUCUAAUAUCUUUAAGCUUCAACCAAAAAUCCAUGAUGUAGUAUUUAUGAUUUGUUACAUAUUCAUUUCAUUCUUUUUAUGUGUCACACUGUAAUAGUAAGAAACAUAACGGUUAAACCAAUGUUUCUACUAAAUAACAUGAAAUUUAUUUUGUUUU